UGUAAAGAGAAGUGGUCUUACUAUAGCCAAGUAAAACAUUACAACCAAUAGAUCGAUAAUAAUGGCUCUAUCGGGAAAGUUAAUUUGUCAUGUAGAAAUCAGUAAGACCGGGGAUGUGUUUCAUGAUCUGUUUAGGCACAAACCACAUGAGAUAGUUGCCAUCGCCCCUGAAAAGGUUCAUGACUGCGAGCUCCAUGAGGGUGACAGGGGAGGUGUUGGCUCUGUUAUCUCCUGGCACUACACUCAUGAGGGAAAGAAGAAGAUAUGUAAACAGAUAAUCGAAGCAGUCAACGAAGAAAACCACAUGGCGGUGUUCAAAGUAAUAGGAGGAGAUUUAUUGGAAGAGUACAAGAGCUUCACGAUCAUCUUGCACGUUGAGCAAAAGGGUGAGGUGCAGGUGGCUACGUGGACCUUUGAGUUCGAGAAGCCGGAUUUAAGUGUGCCAUAUCCUACUUCCAUGAUGGACUAUCUUUGCCAUCUUGUCAAGGACUUGGAUGCCCAUGGCAAAUAAUUAAAGCACCCGCAUAUGAGC